AUGAAACAAAUAAUAGGAGGGCAGCAAUUGUUGAUAUCAGAAGCCAAACGUGUGCUGGACUGUCUUACGAGCAACAUCAGCAGAACCAGCUAUGAGUCAUGCCGCCAAGUACCGUCGAAUGUCUCUGGAAUUAUCGAAUCGCCGGAGAAACACUUUAAGAAGCCGAUGACAGUGCUUUGCGAUCAAGAAUAUGAUUCCGGAGGGUGGAUUGUGAUCCAACAUCGCUUCGAUGGCUCAACGAACUUCUAUCGCAACUGGAAGGAGUACAAAAAUGGGUUCGGUCAACUUGAGGGCGAGUUUUGGUUGGGUCUUGAUCGCAUCCAUCAGCUGACGACAUCGAAGCCCCACGAACUGGUGAUAUUGCUCGAAGACUUUGAUGGCAAUAAGACAUACGCAAAGUACAAUCGCUUUGAGAUUGGCGGCGAAAGCGAACUAUACGCGUUAAAAACAAUUACUGGAUUCUCUGGAACUGCCGGAGAUUCGAUGUUUAGUUUCGCCGGUGAAUCGUUGCCUAGUGCCGCUGGAAUGAAAUUUUCUACUCUUGACUCGGACAACGACAUUUGGCCGAAGAGUUGUGCUGUGACGUACACCGGAGCUUGGUGGUAUUCGAAUUGCCAUAAAGCCAACCUCAAUGGACGAUACUUACGAGGACACACAAAAAUCUACGCUGCCGGGAUGAUGUGGCAUACGUUCCGAGGAUAUUAUUAUUCUCUAAAAUCUUCGAAAAUGAUGAUAAGACCAGUGGCUCAACGGAAGGUGUAG